UUUCAUCUCUAGUAGAACAAGCUCAUUAGCCGCGUCACUUUUUUUGUAUUUUAAAAUAACUUAAAUUUCGAAGUAUAAAUAGUUGCGUGAAAUCAAAUAAUAGUGAAAAUCGUAGUGACUAAAGAAGGAAACACCGAAUUCUUUUGAUCGUGUGCGCAACUCUCUUGAAAAUCGUAGAAAGCGGAUCACAAAAUAAACGUGCAAAAAAGGACGCCGACGCCAAACAUAUAAAUUAGCGAAGCAUUCUAUCGCAUCCUUGGAUUUAUAUCACCGCAGAUAGUGAAUUUGACAUUACAAAAUGAGCAAAGACAUUUAUUACUCUGAUAAAUACUAUGAUGAGAAAUUCGAGUAUAGACAUGUGGUCUUACCUAAAGAGCUGGUCAAGCUGGUGCCAAAGACACAUCUGAUGACGGAAAAUGAGUGGAGAUCAAUUGGUGUACAGCAAUCGCGUGGAUGGAUACACUAUAUGAUUCACAAGCCGGAGCCCCACAUUUUGCUAUUUCGACGUCCGAAAACGGAGGAGUAGGAGAUCGAACAACUGUUAACUCUCAAAUACUUUCACAUAUUCACACUUGCACACUUAUACAUACACAUAAUUCAACAUGCAUACACACACAUAGAAGCGAUCAGAGACAGCUGACUUGCGGGGCAGCUGCUGCUGCUGCUGCUACUACGCACUAGUGGUGGUAGCAGCACAACUGUUGCGGCGGCGUUGAUGCGAAAUUCCUAAACACACACCACACACUACACUCACACACAUAUUCAUGUACACCUUUCUCAUACAAUUGCUUCCAUUCAAAUAUUAUUUUUCAAAACACUUGUUUUUGUAUAAAACAACCAGCAACAGCAACUAUUGCUUCUAUGGAUUAAUGAAGCUGAUUUAUAUAUUAAUAAAUUGAAAUAUAAGCUUGUUAAAGGAAGAAUAUGAAAAAAGAGUUGCCAUAGUCUUAAAUGAAUCAACUAACUAGUGGCCAUUUGGAUUUUAGAAAUCUUUUUAAAUUACAUUCGUUUUGCAUACCAUUUAGUACAUAUGAUAUAUUCAAUAUUGAAAUGCCGCCAUAGUUUAAGUUCAAAUAUUAUUUUAGUAUGUUAACUACAAACUCACAUCGCGAUAUGAAAAUUGCCAGCACAUUUUCAAUUAAUGUUAUAGAAAAUAUGAUUUGUGAUCUUGAAAAUUUAUUAUCAAUACAUAAUGCAUGUUUUUAAACAUAAUAUAAAGUUAAAAUACUAAUAAUACAUGUGGAAAAUUUCAGCAUAGAUUGCUUGAAGUUUUUCAAUAUUCAAA